GCGGGAUGCUGGCAACAUCAUGCCGAUUAUCCUCCACACACUUCACCUAAGGCCGACCGCCACAGGCAUGGAGGCGCAAACAAUUAAGUAUAUAGACAGCAGGCUGCGGUGGAUGUUGUUCAGUAUCUCAAGCCUACCAACAGCUCUGCAACCACCUCACCACCAGUCGAACUUACCACCCUGAAAGACACCCUAAACAGAUCUCCUCGACACAAUGUCCAACAUCAAGUUCAACCCUGCAUCCGAUAUUCCCAGCCAAUCUGGCCGAGUGUUCCUGAUCACCGGUGGCACCACUGGUCUUGGAGCAUCUUCCAUAUCUUUUCUCGCAUCUCACAACCCUGCACACAUCUUCUUCAGCGGUCGCAACAAGUCUCGCGCAAAUGAACUCAUCUCCAAAAUCGCGAAAGCCUCACCGUCCACCAAAGUAACCUUCAUAGAGUGCGACCUCGCAAGUCUUGCAUCCGUCCAGUCUGCCGCCAAACAGUUCCUGUCGUCGUCCGGCCGCCUCGAUGUUCUGAUGUGCAAUGCGGGUAUCAUGGCAGUACCGAACGACGUAAGCCAAGAUGGUUACGAGAUACAAUUCGCAACGAACCACCUCGGCCACGCGCUGCUCAUGAAGCUGCUCUUACCUGUCAUGCUCGAAACCGCAUCGCAAUCCAACGCAGACGUCCGCAUCGUCAACCUCUCAUCCGUAGCUUAUAAACAAAACGUACCUUCCACUGGUAUCGAGUUCUCAAAGCUCAAGACCAAAGGCGCAAAUUACGGCUCCUUCUUCAGCUUCAACAAGUGGGUCUGCUACGGCCAGUCCAAGCUAGCCAAUCUGCUCUACACUACCGAGCUGGCCGCUCAUCACCCAAGCAUCACAUCAGUGGCAGUGCAUCCUGGCUUCAUCAAGACGGAUCUUUUUGCGAGUACGAACUUUAUGGACCGCCAAGUUGUGAAUAUUAUCUCCGGCGGGAAUUGGCUCGAUACUGAACAGGGUGCAUACAACCAGACUUGGGCAGCUACUACCAAGAAGGAGAAUUUGGUCAAUGGAGCUUAUUAUGAGCCGGUGGGUGUGAAGACUACGCCGAGUACGAAACUGGGGCGGGAUCAGGCACUGGCGAAAGAGUUAUGGGAGUGGACCGAGAAGGAGUUGAAGGCGUGGGUUUGAGACCUGGGGAUCUUGGUUAGCGUUGUGAUUUGCGAGAGUAUUGGAUGGAUCGUGUCCGUAGAUAUGCUUGUUGUACUUUUGUAAUACUUAGACUUUCUUC